UUAACACAAGAAGUAAACAAUCGUUCUACGAAGUAAUUUCGUAUUUGUUGAAUAUCACGUAACUAAUGACGUUAACUCUGGUACUUUAAUAUUCAAUUGUUACUGACAGUGUCAGUAUUGUAUUCAAUCUUUCUAUACAUGUGCUUUUGAAAUGUCGUUUACUUGGCCUUGCCGUAGUUAUGAUAAAAAUCCCCAGAGUUUUCAGUUUGGAAUUAGAAUUUUGUAAAUAUUUUAUUAGACUAAAUAUCUAUUCUUGAUUCAACAUUUUAAAAAAAUGUUUCAAAACAGGAGAAGACAACCUGGUAUGGGAGUUAUGCUCUUAAUGUAUCAGCUUUUCGCUGUCAUUGGCAUAGAUCGGAUACCUCCUGUCACUCUAAGUGCUAUUGGACUCCAAGUUGCUAUAUUUUUAAGACUCUUCAAAUUACCAUGGUACAAACCAACAGAUAUUUGCGUUAGUGCCUAUCGAGUUUGGACAAAAAGAGAAUAUUCUCGUCUUGUUUUUGCUGCCUUAGAACAUGGGGAUGACUGGCAUCUUUAUUACAACAUGGUAUCCUUCGCCCUAAAGGGACAAUCGUUAGAAAGAAGAUUUGGGAGUGUAAAAUUCCUUUAUAUUUUAUCAGUAUUUACUGUGCUUACAAACUCAGUAUUAGUGGCAUUAAACAUAUUUUCAAACAAAUAUCUAGAUUAUGAAGAGCGGUGUGCCGUUGGAUUUUCUGGUGUUAUAUUUGCAUUAAAAGUAUUGACUACUUAUUAUGAUCGAGGUUUUACUCAAAUAAUGGGCAUACCCAUAACUGUGCCUACCAGGUAUGCCGUAUGGUUUGAGCUGGUACUGAUACAGUUACUUGUACCAAAUGUGUCCUUUUAUGGACACUUAGCUGGAAUUCUUGUUGGAACAGCUUAUGUGAUGGGACCAUUAAGAUUAGUGAUGGAUUUAAUUUAUUCAAUUGCGAAAGGUAUACUGUUUCCAUCUGGUCCACGUUUUACACCUCGUGCUGAACCAUCUGGAUAUUCCAGUGGAGGCUAUAACCAGUAUGCGGAAUCAUCGGGAUAUUCUGGUGGAAGAUAUAAUCAAUAUGCUGCAUCAUCUGACUCUACCAGUGAAAGAUAUAACCAAUAUAUACCACCUGGUAUGAGUGAGGAAGAGCAAAUUCGGCGAGCUAUGGAAGAAAGCAUGCAUGGUAGUCCUAGAUCUAGCAGUCGGGGUUCGUCUUCUGCUACCUCACCUCCUAACAGUUCUUCUCCUCCUCCCCCUCCAGGAUUUAUAUUUGGUGAUAAUAUUAAUACUUCGCCUCCUCCACCUCCAGGAUUUUAUCCUGAUAUUGAUGAAUUACGUUCGAAAAGAGAAGCUCGUUUUAAACAUUAAUAAUUUUUUAGUUAGUAGCUGAAUU